AUGGGCAAGGGUCCAGGGCUUUACUCAGAUAUUGGCAAAAGGGCUCGAGAUCUGUUGUACAGGGACUACCAGAGCGACCAGAAGUUCACCAUUACCACCUACUCUUCUACUGGAGUUGCCCUCACUUCAACAGGAACAAAAAAAGGGGAACUGUUUUUGGCUGAUAUCAAUGCUCAGUUAAAACACAAGAAUAUCACGACAGAUGUUAAAGUUGAUACAAGCUCCAAUCUCUUUACCACCGUUACAAUUGACGAACCUGCUCCUGGGUUAAAGGCCAUUUUGAACUUUAGAGUUCCUGAUCAAAGGUCUGGAAAGUUGGAAGUGCAAUACUUGCACGAGUAUGCUGGGAUAAGCUCAAGCAUUGGGUUGACAGCUAACCCCAUUGUUAACUUUUCUGGUGUUCUUGGAAAUAAUACCCUUGCUUUGGGAUCAGACGUGUCUUUUGACACUAAAGAAGGAGCUUUUACCAAAUGCAACUUUGGAGCAAGCUUCACAAAUGCUGAUCUGAUUGCUUCUUUGACUUUGAAUGACAAGGGUGACACACUGAGCGGAUCAUACUACCACACAGUAAGUCCAUUGACCAACACUGCUGUUGGUGCAGAGGUUACCCAUAGCUUCACCACAAACGAAAAUACCAUCACCGUUGGUACGCAACACCUUUUGGAUCCAUUGACCACGGUCAAGGCGAGAGUGAACAACUUUGGGAAGGCAAGUGCUCUGCUCCAGCAUGAGUGGCGGCCAAAGUCUCUCAUCACUGUUUCAACUGAAGUGGACACCAAGUCUAUUGACAAGAGCGCCAAGUUUGGAUUAGCCUUGGCCCUCAAGCCAUAA